AUGGUUAAAUUAAAUCCAAAUCAUUUGAGAAGUUUCGAACUAACCUAUGAAAUAUCAAUAAGAGGUAUUGUUCCCCCCACUACUGUUCAGGAAAAACGGAAAGUUUUAAGAGGUCUUUUAUCUCAGGAAAAUUCCGACAGGAGUUUUGUUGAGAUAUCAGACACAUAUAAGUUUGAUGAGAAUGUUAAAGAAAUUGGUGAUACUUUAAAUGACAUUGAAGCUUUGCUGCAACAUCUUAGUGAUAAAUCUUCUGAUGAUGAUAAAAAGUUGGAGUCUAGAAUAACUCACGCGACAGGGCGAAUUUCGAGGUUGUUCGCACAAUCAGAAUCUGAAAACAAUGUUAAACAAGAACUUUUGAAAAGAGUAUUAAUUUUGGAAGCGGAUCUUUCUGAUAGGCAUGUUAAUAGAGUUCCAAUUGUUCAAUCGCCAUCUCAUUCAUCACAAAAUAACAAUCCAUUACAAUCAUCAACUCCAACUCAUCAUAGUGCAGCAGGUUUCUCGGUGCCUACUAAAAAGGUCCCAGUUUAUAAAUGGGGUAUAAAGAAAUUUUCUGGAAAAGAAGAUUUAUUAUCUUUUUUAGAAUUGAUUGACUCGUUAAAAUCUUCAAGGGGUUGUGAUAAUGCCGAUCUUUUUGAUUCAGCUGCCGAUCUUUUUGAAGGUGAUGCUUGGACGUGGUGGCAUAAUAACUUUCUGAAGAAUAGAUUUAGUGAUUGGUCUGAUCUAGUUUCUAAACUAAAAUCGACUUUUCUUCAUAGUAGUCAUGAUGAAAUUAAGUUAGCCGAGAUCAAGUCAAGAAAGCAAUCAAUUAGAGAAUCAGUAACUAUGUUCAUCACAGAUAUGGAAUGUCAAUUCAAUAGAUUAAAUUCUCCACCUUCUGAAAAGGAGAUUGUUGGAAUCAUAAAAAAUAAUUUAUUACCCGAUUAUGUGAAAGCUUUAGUUUUUCAGGAUGUUGAGACUAUUACGGAUUUAACUUCCCUUUGUAAAAAAGUUGAAGAUGUUCUGUCACUCAAUCUUCCUUCAGGUCCUAGAAGGACUAUUGUCUCCGCAAUUUCUUCUAAUGUAAAAUGCUGGAAUUGUAAUAUGUCAGGGCAUGUUUUUUCGGAUUGUCAAAAAGAAAUGAGGAAGUUUUGCUUUUUAUGCGGAAAAGUUGAUUUUACCAAACGUAACUGCCCUAACUGUUCAAAAAACGCGAGCAGGUACUGCAAUCAGGCAGACGUUGCAGGACCUUCGGGAGAAAAAGCAAAGCCUGCCAACAAAGUUCAGAACGGGACCAAGUAA